CCCUUUUUGGCAGUUCACCUUUGCUUAAGUUGAAUCAAGUGCCUUAGCAGCAUCUUCCGCGAUGAAAGAGCUGUGAUGGGCUGAUGCGCUGAGAUGGACAUUUUGGAGGAGGAUGUCGUGGUCAACACCACUACAACACCGGUGGAUACUCGAGCCAAAGAUGCCUUCACGACUGUCACCAAGAAACAUGUGAUCACCCAGGCAUCAUGGGAGGAAGCACAAGCUCAGCUGAUCCUGUUCCUGUCCUUGUGGGGUGGCUUGUUCGUGGUCACUUUGCUGCUGGGCAUCUCAAGGCGAUUGUGGUCGCCAGAGUCCAUGAACAGGAAGUUGUCGCAGCAACUUGCAGUUCUCAAGAGCAGUGUGUAUUGGAACAUUUUCAUGUUCAUCCUCAUGAUAUUCCUGGUCGUCCUGUAUGUGUUGCGUUCAGAGGGAAUGACGCUGGAUGAGAACUUGACCUUCGUGGAAUUGACUGCAGCUGCCUUCUACAGCACAGAGGCAUUCAUUACAUGGCUCCAUUUUUCCAGUGCUGGCGUGGACGGCAUUUUGGCAUUCUUUUUCAAUUAUGUGUUUGUGGCUUGCUUGGUCAUCCCAUCGGUUUUGUACCGAAGUCUCUCGGGACAGACCUCACAUUUCUCCUUUGCUUUCUGUGCUUCAGUUCGGGCAUCCCAGAUCUGGUGCGAUUGGGUGAUGUUCCAUCGACGUGGAAGGAUGAAGUUCACAGACCAUCUCACAAUGUAUGCGGCAACAUUCCUUUCUGGCACAUUUUCCAUUGGAAUGUUCAUCAGAGAGAUGGAGACCCUGGAUGGAGUUGAUCCCAAUUUUCUAAAUGGCAGUGAGCCACCUACAGGUGAAAAUGCUACUGCUGUUGAAAGGUGGUCAGUCUAUGCUUCGCUCUACCUCAUGUUUGUCAACACCUGCAAAACAGGCUUUGGAGAUUUGCAUCCAAGGAAUCCAGUUGCACAGGUCCUUUCUGUAGUGGGCACUGGUGCCUGCGCAUAUCUCGUGAUUGGAGUCCUCAUGAAGGUGCUUCAGAACAAUGAGACUGGAGGUCUUUCAAGACCUCGGUAUCCCAACCGAUCUGGCUUCAGGCACAUCGUCAUCACAGGCACGCCAUCCUUGCAGGUCUUGGUGGACUUCCUGCAUGAGUUCUUCCAUAAAGACAACCAAGACAGCACUGAGGACCUUGAUGUGGUCAUCCUCUAUGUAGAGGGUCAAAGGAAUGUCAUGCAGCAACUGGCGCAACGUCUUAGCGUUGGCGGCUCCGAUGAUUUGCGAAUCCUUCAGAAGGUGUGGAUGGUGGAAGGUUCUGCUUUGAAACCAGAGGAUCUCAAUCGCGUACGGUUCCAGGCCUGCUCCGCUGCAUUUUUGCUACCAAACAUGUAUGCAUCAGACCCUGAACGUGAGGAUGUCAGCAACAUCAUGCGUGCGUUGACCAUGAAAAGGCACACAUCCUAUGUGCAUUUGCUUUGUAUGGUCAUGAAGGCUCAUUCAGUGGAAGGGUUGAUGUCAGUCGGUGUGCCACCUCAAGACGUGAUUUGCUUCGACGACGUCAUCCAGGGCAUCUUGGGGAAGGCUGCUGAGGUGCAAGGAUACCUUACCCUUGCUGCCAGCCUGCUCAAGACCUCCAAAAUGCUGUCCAACGCAGAGAUCACCAAGAAGGGUCAUUCAUGGGCAGAAGACUAUGCCUCUAGCUUGGCCAUGACCAUUUUCGAGGUUGAUUUGGCUUCUUCAUACAAGACUGUACCUUUCUGUGAAGUCGCAGCGGAUAUUUGUGACAGGAGCGGUUUUCGAGCUUACCUGAUUGGACUGGCAGAGGAAGCCCUUUUCCCCGCAGACAAGACAGAAUACGUCCUUUUUCCCAACAAGUACUACCGUGUGGGCCUUCAGCAAGAUAGAGAUGUCAAGGGCAUAGUUAUGGCAAAGAAGAGGGAGGACAUCAGACAGGCCCUGCCAGGUAGAGCUAUUAAAUGGUCACCAGAGUCUUGGGCAACAGGCUCUGGGCAGGUGCAGGCAAAUCCUCGACUCUCAACCAUGAAAGCCUCCACAGACAAAGAGGGUUGGGUUCGAGAUCACUUCACAGAACAGAGUGACAAGCAGGCAUACUUGCAUGAAAAGCUUGACGCCGCUGCAAAACGUCGUGCAGCUCUAGGCUUGGUGCAUCGUGGCAAACUAAGCCGUGUUGAGGUGGAGAAUUACCUGGAUGAGAGCAAUGAUGACUUUUUUGAUACUCGCGAUGAGUUGGAGGAUAUCAUGGAAGAUCCCACUUCCGAAGUCAUGCAGGAUCCAUUUGAGAGGGCUUUGUUGGAAAGGCGGAUGGAGGCAAAGCAACAAAUCCUCGAUGAGAAAGACCAGAUGGAUGCUGAAGCAGCAGACGAUAUCCUUUAUGGAGAGAAUGAAAGUAUCCGGAUGGCACUUGUGCAGAUCAACCACUUCGAGGAGGUUCUCUACCGCAAGCGCAUGCCAGACCCCAUAGUGCAGAGAGAGGAUGAAAUGCUUUGGGGGGCACCUGUUCCUCCCGCAGAGACAGUCUGGGCCAAUGCUAAGGAGCCCCCAGACGAGCUGCUUGUUCGUGGAGACCAUGUUAUUUUAAUGAGCCUGGAGAGCGACCUCCCAGAGGAUGAAGCUGAUGUCGAGGAGGACUCCUUGGCAACUGGGAAGCGAAAGCCGCUGCGGCCUGGAAGGAUGCUGUCCUUGAAGACAUUCCUGCGGUCGAUGAGGUGUCAAAAGAAGAGGCGUCCUCUUGUGGUGGUGUCCGAGCGGGUUCCGUAUGACUGGGGACGGGUCGCGAACGAGCCUUUCGUUUUCCUGGUCUUGGGGGUACCAUACUCUCCUUCUACCCUGGAAAGGGCUGGUUUCUUGCAGGCCAAAUCAAUAGUGAUUUACCAGAAGGAUGUGAGCCGGUGCACGGAUGCUCCCUUGAUCGAUUCGCAGGCCGUGUUUGCACAACGCUUGAUGGAGUCCUUGUUGCGUGACUCAGGCGCCGUUCGGACUCCUGUGAUUUUGCACCUUCACAUGGAGGACAACACCGAACUCCUCACCGAGUCCGCCGAAGCCAAAAAGAGCAAGGGUCUCCUCGAGAUGCUCGAGUCCAAGACACGAGAAGAUGAUGACGACGAAGGAGGGCAGCCAAAGCGAGUAGAGGUAGAAGAGAUGCAGCAGAUAAUUCUGCAACACCGCUUUGCAAGCAGUGUUUUGUUCAGCUCAAAUUUGGUGACCUGCUUGAUGGCAAACGUCAUGUUUCAGCCUUCACUUGCUGCCGUCAUCAGCGAAAUGUCCAAAGCAGCCUUUGUGGUGGUGGAGGUGCCAGAGGUUUGGAAAGGCUUGACCUUUGGUCAGCUGUUCAUCUACAUGAUGAGGAAGAGGAACUUGAUGCCUAUGGCUCUCCUCCGCAAAACCAAUGCGCAAGAAGCUCUUGACUUUCUUGACUCCAGUGUGGAGAACAGGAGAGUGGAAGAUCCAGAGGAGAAGCUGGAGGUGAUAUAUGCACAGGUGUCGAGGAAGAUGGAUGAUUGGCGGGCACAACUCACUGACGAUGCUGAGAAGCAAAGGUAUAUCCCUGGCGAUCCGUCCUUCAAGAGGUAUGCAACGACCUCAAUUAAAGCUAGGCACUCCUUCAAUCUACAUGCAUUUUGUGAGCCAAGACUCUGGUGAUGCCAUUGGGACCAUCAUAUGUGGUGUACAACGAUGGUGUGAUUUGCAUGCAGAGCACUACAAGGACCACGCUCCCCAGAACUGGGGGCAAGCGUGAAAGAUUUGAUGAUCCUAUCGCACAUGGCCAAUCAGCUAACGAAGCUGUCAGAUGAAGGAUGGCUGAGAGGUUGAGUAACCCAAAGUUGGUUACACUUCAACUUUCUCGAAUUCAAGUGCGUUCUUGGUGUUGAGGCCCUAGGCACAUCAGCACCGUGAUAACGAAUUGCGUGUCAAAAGUUGCGUUGGACAGAUCAAUCUCUUGUACAGUACGUUGUUGCAGUGCACCGUUGUUGCAAACAAAUCAGAGACACACCACAGGGGGACACCACAUUGGUGAUGAUUGAC